AUGCCAAAAUCAAAAAAGAAGAGAAUAGUUCCACUGACCGUGGUUAAGAAAAAGAAGCAUGAAAAUAAAUCAAUAGCAAUUCAAAAAAUUCAAGAUGCGGUUAGACAAUUCAAUUAUAUAUGGAGGAUAGAGACGCGAGAAAUGCGGAACCCGUUUUUACAACAAGUUAGGGUGGAUUGGGCAACAACCGGAAGGAAGGCAUUGGGAGAAGAUAACUCUUCGGAGUGUGAAGAAAAUUUAUCUGAAUUUACAAAAGUAAUUGAAAACGAAGCUGGAAUUUUGUGUACAAAUGAAUCCGUAGAAACUGUUAAAGAGUAUUUGACCAAUUUUAUUCGAAAGGAUUUUGCGAGAACUGGAAGUAUUAUAAACGAGACUGUGACAAUCCCUGCGGGCUUAGUUAAAUAUUGUGGAGAUAUUGACGGACAACCAGUACCACACAUUUUAAAUGCAAUGUUAAAUAAAUUAGGACUACCUUCAGUUGUGGAUAAUCAAAUGGUAAUAAUGCCCACUGAAUUUACUAUUUGUCGUAGUGGGGAUAAGUUGAGUGAGGAACAAUCACAUUUGUUGAAACAAUUAGGAUAUCAACUUUCAGAGUUUAAAUUAGUUGGUACGCAUUAUUAUGAUAAACUGAAAAAGGAAACCAUCACAUUAUAA